AUGAGCCCGCUGACCGCGCUGCUGUGGCUCGGACGGGAACGGAGCGACGGAGGAGCCGCGGCGCAGAUGGUGGCAAACCUGAGCGCAGCGCAGGAAGCAGGGGCGGCGGUCGCGGCGCCGCACAACGUGCUGGCCCUGGUGUUCGGUGUGCUGCUGACCGUGGUCAUCAUCUGCGGCAACCUGCUGGUGUGUCUGAGCGUGUUCGUCGAAAGGGCACUGAAGACCACCACCAACUACUUCAUCGUGAGUCUAGCAGUGGCGGACCUAAUGCUGGCAGUGCUCGUGCUGCCGCUCUUCAUUUACUCAGAGUUCCAGGAUGGUGUAUGGACCCUCAACACCACCAUCUGUGAUGGUCUGAUGACUAUGGAUGUUAUGUUGUGCACCGCCUCCAUCUUCAACCUCUGCGCUAUCAGCAUCGACAGGUUCAUUGCAGUGUCGAUCCCGCUCAACUACAACAGGAAACACGUGGAUCUGCGGCAGGUGGUCCUACUGUCAGCCACCUGGAUCUUGGCCUUGGCUGUGGCCUCGCCAAUCAUCUUUGGCAUCAACAAUGUCCCAGGCCGUGACCCCACUGAGUGUAAACUAGAGAAUGAUGACUACGUCCUGUAUUCCUCUGUGUGCUCCUUCUUCAUUCCCUGUCCCAUCAUGCUGCUGCUGUAUUGUGGCACAUUCCGUGGCCUGCGACGAUGGGAGGAGGUGCGUAAAGCCAAGCUGAAGAACAGCAUCCAGGCGUGCCGCAAGCUGCAGGAGGCCACAGCUGCAUUGCCUCCUCUGGCCUCGCUUCCACCUCUGCUGCCUCCCAUUAUUGAGCAGGAUCCGGCAGAUGCUCUGGAUGAACCAUCCACCCUCCAGUCCCCAGAUCCACCCCCAACCUCAACACAGAACAACGACGGCCCUGUGCCAACGGUCAGCUUUGCGGAGAUUAAGUUCAACCAUGACCCGCGCAGAAGAAAGAGGGCCAAAAUCAACAGCCGUGAGAGGAAGGCCAUGAGAGUGCUUCCUGUCGUUGUGGGUGCCUUCCUGUUCUGCUGGACCCCCUUCUUUGUUCUCCACACAAUGCGAGCACGCUGUCAGGAGUGUCACAUCCCAUCAGCCCUAAUGAGCAUUGUGACAUGGCUGGGCUAUGUCAACAGUGCCCUGAACCCCAUCAUCUACACUGCCUUCAACACAGAGUUCAGGAACUUCUUCAAAAAGGUCCUCCAGCGCUGCUGCUCAUAGACUGACUGGAGUGGACGCUGCUUCGUGGACGAUUUCUAAACGCACAACAGCUGCCAGAGAUGCUGCUGACUGUUGAUAUACUGUCUUUAGUCUGUUUAUAUUGCCAUGGUCUCCUUCCUCUGUGAGGUUUUUAUUUUUCUAUGUUUGAUAACAGCAAAGUGUGUUUGAGCUUCAUGUUUCGAGUGAAGCUAUUCUUAGUUCAGGAGGUGGAUCUGUAGCACUUUGGCACUACAUAACUCAUUUUAUAUGUUGAAAUUCAUCCGUUCAGAAUAAAAAAAUUUUGUUAACAAUA